AUGCCGCCACCGCCAGCCUUCACGGCUUUCAUUACUCCACUACCCCGUCUUCCGGGGCUGGGUGGUGUUCCUGAGGUCAGCUCGGGAAUUCCAUCACCCCCUUCAAGUCCCCCCCUCGCCGCCAAACACGCGUCCGCCGCUCAAGGUGGAAAGGCGCGCAGAGGGGGGGCAGCAUACACCAUCACGGGAGAGUGUGAGAGACUCUUCUGCGAGACACUGCGAUCUGUAUUCCUGGGUGAGGGGAGCCAGCAUCGCCAGAACUCGCUAGUGAUGGGUAUGCCAUAUGACAACGCUACUGCAACCACCGCUAUUGCCAACGACUACGGUAUCGAUGCUCGUCGCUACUCGGACUCUUCGACUGAAUCUGCUGCACCUGAAAUGGUGCGGUUCGAGGAAGAGAAGGGUGCGAUAACCGACUACAUUGAGAUGUGGGAUUACGUUGGUGGGAUUAGGUUCCGGGGUUUCGUUGCUGAGAAAGAGGACGAGAGGGCCAUGUUCAUCUUCUUCGAUGAGUCCGUCAUUAACGGAGAUCUCAAGGCAGGUCUUAUGGCCCUUCUCGAACUUUGCGAAGUCGAUCACUUCUCCUGCGACCGUCUUGUCCUAUGCAUUGACCGCCACGCUGAUCAAGUCGCCCUCAACAAUCUGACCAAAGACCUGGGCUGGAUUGGCUUCGGUCUUACAACGCUGGAUGGGUUCAGCCAGGGCGAAGAGUUGACAAGCAAGAAGUGGUUGUUCAUGGAUAUGGAUAUAUAA